AAGUCAUGAAAGAAAUGUUGACAAACCAAGCUAGUUCAGGAUACGGUAAUUCCUUUGUUAAUAAUAAUGGAGACACAAAUAGCAAUAAUACAAUGGACAAUAAUUCAAGAAGAUAUGCUGUGCUUAGUACUGAUUGGAUAUCUGCAAUUGGAGAAGAAUUAGGACUGCAUCCUUUACCUGAUUCUUUGCUGAAAAAGUUGGCAGAGGAUGCUGCGUAUCAUCUAAGAGAAGUUCUACACAAAUGUGUAACAAGACUAAAGCAUAGUAAGAGGAAACGUUUAACAACUAAUGAUGUAAAUGCUGUGAUUACCAAUUUAUGCGAUGUAGACCCUAUAUUGGGUGCACCAGAAUCCAUGCCAGAGUUUCACACAGAAGCCAGAGUAUUUGUUCCUAGUGAACAUAUUGUUAAUCUAGUACAAACAAUAAAUGAACCUCUUAGUAUAACACAGACCAAUGUACCUUUUAUUCAAGAAUCAGAAAUAUGUGACAUAAGACUAACAGAAGCACGUAACAAUUAUGCCAAACGUGCAUUAAAGACUUUGUUUAAUGGAUCCCAAAAGACUUUUCAGGUUUUAAUUAAUGAUUGUGCCACCAAUGCACAUUUGGGAGGGGAAGGUGUAAUAGACAAAUUGAUGUCAAUUGCUAGAUCCAUGGUCAUAUCAAAUAAUGCACAAUACACAAGAGUGUCUACUCGAACAUGCCAACUCAUUAUUGCAAUAGCAAGUAACAGUGAAGCUGUUUAUCCAUACCAUUUAACAUCGGUAGACAAAUUGACUGAGUUAUUGCUAGAAUUAUUAUUAGGACAAAGUUUCAUAAAUACAAACCUUGAAACAUUGUUUAAGGAAUGUGCUCUUAAAUUGAUGCUACGUUGGCCGUCAGUUGCUGAUAAGUAUCUUCCAACAUUGGAAAAUGUAUUAUUAAAACAAGAAACAGAAAGCAUUGUUAGUGAGAAGAAAAAGACAAUGGCAAUGGAAUUACUAGCAAGUAUUCAACCUUUAGUAUUUUUCCAACACGAGGGAAUGCCAGCGGUUUCGGUAGAAAAUGUCUUAAAAGAUGCACCAGCUGGUUCUGCCUUAUGGCACAGGAUAGCUCUUGCUGUUUGUGCUCUUGUGAAGUCUCAGUGUCAUGUGCUAAACAUUACAGUUCUGAUGGAACAUUAUGGAGAUGCAUUGCUGCCGUACCUAACCGCUAAUUAUAAAAGCACAGUGAACGCGUUAAAAAAAUCUACACCUCUUCCAAUUACUAUCAAGAGUAAGAUAAAGUACGUGAACGUCAGACCUAUGACAACUAAUCGAAUAUUAUGGGACCGUCAAUCUGCGUUUCCUGACUCUACCUUGAGAGGUCCAAGACGAGAAAUUAGGUUUGCAUUCGCUGGCGGGCGACCAGUACCUCCGAGUAACUUGAGACGUGUCAGUUUACGAGCGAAUUACCAAAUUUUAAGAAGCGAGCUUCAAGCAACACUCGCACUUGUCGCGUCACGAAGACUAUUAAUACUGAAAGACAAAAAGAAAAGGCCCUUCGAUACUUAUAAUCUGGUCUACGGCUCUCUUUAAACUUAUAUGUAGUUGGCGGAAACGAUAUAAUGUAGUCGCAAAGCUGUCGUCGUUCCUGUCAGACGGAUCCAAUGUCGUUGCAGUGAACAGGGUUGUGUGGUGUGUGUUUGUGAUUCCAUUUCAACGCCUCAAAGACUUCCACAAAAAAUACCUCCAAUAGACAUUACAGAUGCUGUGCAUCUCAGCGCGUUAUUAAAUGAUUUAUUUCUUUUUUUUU